AAGUCCCAUCUGGCCGUCACCCUGUCGGCGGAACGCUCCGGAAAGUCGGGAAGACAUCUGAAACCGGACUUCAUCAAUCCUCGAUGCUCGAUUCGAAGCUGAUUCGCGCAAGGAAUGACCCCAAGAAUGUGGCGGCUGCGGUGUUGACAUUUUUGAAAAGUCGCGGGCGACUCACGCAGCGGAGUCGCUGUCGCUGUUCUCUGCCAGGCAGGCAAUGAUGUUGUUUUGGUGCGAGUCGAGAGUCGGCUGGGCCGUGCAAGCUGUACCGACUCGAGAUUGAAGCGACAGGAUGACGACCUUGUUGAGGGCACUGAGGUUCGGCAGUCAGAGAGCCCAGCUGCUUUCGCGCAACUUUUCGGCAACUUCUGCUGUCAGCGGAAAGGCUGAUUGGAAGGGAUAUAAGGUUGUCGAUCAUGAAUUCGAUGCCAUCGUCGUCGGCGCGGGAGGAGCCGGACUCCGAGCUGCUUUCGGACUUGUUGAGGAAGGAUUUAAAACAGCGUGCAUCACCAAGCUUUUUCCGACAAGGUCUCACACCGUGGCAGCUCAAGGUGGAAUCAAUGCUGCGUUGGGUAACAUGGAGCCUGACGAAUGGCAGUGGCACAUGUACGAUACCGUGAAAGGUUCCGACUGGCUCGGCGAUCAGGACGCCAUCCACUAUAUGACAAAGGAAGCGCCGAAAGCUGUGAUUGAGCUCGAGAACUACGGGAUGCCGUUCAGCCGAACGACCGAAGGCAAGAUCUACCAGAGAGCUUUCGGUGGGCAAAGCUAUAACUUCGGAAAGGGUGGACAAGCUCACAGGUGCUGCGCCGUGGCCGAUAGAACCGGUCACUCGCUGCUCCACACCCUGUACGGACGGUCCUUGGCGUUUGAUUGUAAAUUCUUCAUCGAGUAUUUCGCUUUGGACUUGAUCAUGGAUAACGGAAUCUGUAAAGGCGUGACGGCGCUGUGCCUCGAGGAUGGCACCAUUCACCGAUUCAAUGCAAAUAACACAGUACUCGCCACUGGCGGAUAUGGAAGGGCCUACUUCUCGUGCACUUCCGCUCACACGUGCACGGGAGACGGAAACGCGAUGGCUAGCCGAGUCGGUCUCCCCUGUGAGGAUCACGAGUUCGUGCAGUUCCAUCCGACCGGAAUUUACGGGGCCGGUUGUCUUAUCACAGAAGGUUGUCGAGGGGAAGGUGGAAUCCUCAUCAAUUCCGAAGGAGAGCGUUUCAUGGAACGCUACGCACCAGUGGCGAAGGAUCUGGCGUCUCGGGACAUCGUGUCCCGUGCGAUGACAAUCGAAAUCCGUGAGGGACGAGGUGUCGGUCCCGAGAAAGACCACGUCUACCUUCAGUUGCACCACCUGCCCCCAGAGCAGCUGGCGACGCGUCUGCCCGGUAUCUCGGAGACGGCUAUGGUGUUCGCCGGAGUCGACGUCACAAAGGAACCAAUCCCAGUCCUGCCGACAGUCCAUUACAACAUGGGUGGAAUCCCGACGAAUUUCAAGGGUCAAGUCAUCGAUAUCACGUCCACCGGAGAGGACAAGGUCGUUCCGGGGCUCUAUGCCGCCGGAGAAGCCGCUUGCGCCUCGGUCCAUGGAGCGAAUCGUCUUGGGGCGAACUCGCUCCUCGACAUCGUCGUGUUCGGAAGAGCUUGCGCUAAAACGAUCGCUGAAACGACGAAGCCCGGUCAGAAGGUACUGCCUCUCAAGGAUAACGACGGUGAAAUGUCCAUCGACAACAUCGAUAAAGUUCGCCACAACGAGGGCAGCAUCAACGUCGCCGACCUGCGGCUGACCAUGCAGAAGACCAUGCAAACGGAUGCCGCUGUGUUCAGAUCGGGAGAAUCCCUGCAGGAGGGAUGUAAGAAGAUGAGCUCGAUCUACGGACAGAUGAAAGACAUGAAAAUCCAUGAUAAGGGUCUCAUAUGGAACAGCGAUCUGGUCGAGGCUCUGGAGCUCCAAAAUUUGAUGAUUUGCGCGCAGCAGACCAUCGUCGGUGCGGAGGCCCGGAAGGAGUCUCGAGGCGCUCACGCUCGAGAGGAUUUCAAGGUCCGAGUUGACGAAAUCGACUAUAGCAAGCCCGUCGAGGGCCAGAAGCCUAUUCCAAUGGAACAACACUGGCGGAAGCAUACUCUCUCGUACAUCGACGUGAACACGGGCAAAGUCACGUUAAAGUUCCGACCUGUAAUCGAUGCGACCUUGGAUCAAACCGAAUGCAAGACAGUUCCACCAGCAAUCCGAGUUUACUAGAGACAAUUUUUCUUUCGAGCGUAGGGAAUUAAAGAUCUGUUUUUAAUGUAUUCGUACAAGGUCGAGCCGCGGCGAACGACUUCGGCAAAGUAUGUGAAUUCCAACAGAAGACCCUGUUUGUAAUUAGACGUGGAUUGCAGAAGAGCCGAUGAAAUAAAACGGAAUAUUUAUUCAAGUCUAAAACAC